AGAUACGGUCCACAACGAGUUAAUCUCUAAUUGUUUAACUAAACAAAAUAUUAUUUUUUCAUUUCUUUAGUGGAUAAUUGACAAGGUAUAGUGAAGUACACUUCACACAUCUGAGGCAAACAAGGAUGACCUCAAGGAGACGUAUUUGCUUGGAUUUAUGAAUUGUAUUGAAUACUGUGAAAGCCUUGGAGUAUAUCAUCAGAUUCUAUCCCAAGAUGGCUGCUGAGAAAAAUCAUCAUCAUCAUGUAUUUUCGAUGCCUCGUUUAAAGUUGUUGGCUGUAGCACGUCAUAAAUCUGCAGGAUCGACUGAGGAUUUGAGAGAGAUAUCACCCAAAUCGCCAAAAUCGCCCAAAUACACGAAGAGAAUGUCUUCUCCAAGAUCCUCGUCUGUGGAAGAGCCGAAUUCUCCACCUUCGCCCCUUUCACCCAGCCCCAAGUUCAGCAAACCACCAAGCUUUGAUAAAAUCACCCACAGCAAGAGCCAACCGACGGAUUCUAGCGACAGCGAGUUGUCGAGUUACUCAGAGUCGCUAAGCAGCCCCACAAUCGAGGCGAGGUCGAGUCCAUUCACUAAACACAAACGCCCCUGCACAGCACCGGAGUUAAGUGAGAUCCACAAACUUGAUGCACCCCCUGUUGAUAAGAACGCAGGGAAGCUCACAGGAAAGAGAAACAAAGUACAGAAACAAAAAAGCGAGACACCAGCUGCCGUCACCGUAUUUCUGGUAGAGAACUUUAAUGAAGGGUCUUUUGAGCCUGGGUCGUUCAAGGAAAUUGUGCAAGGAAUUUUCCCUCUAAACUACGAGGAUGAAAUUGUCCAGAAAAGAACGCAAAUUCUACGGGACUCGCUUCAAGAUUUACUCCUUUUUCCACAAGAUGACGUUUCGGCCUAUACUAUCCCACGGGAACUGCGCACAGAGCAUGCAUCAUUCCCUCGAGAUGCUCUGUCUAGGUCAACCAGUCUCUUCACAAGGGAGUGCAUACUUUCUUACACUAGCAGUUGGAAUUGUAUUGAGAACAAGUAUGCACAGUACUCAGGAAGCUACUACAAGUUACCAAGGCCAUCACAGGCGGAAGGGCUACAAGAGCAGGUUUUUGAGAUGGACAUGACUGAUGACGUAGAUGGAGGGGAUAAGGAUUAUAACAUGAGUCCACUGCGAGAGAGAGGAAUCACUAAACAGGGCUACCUCACCAAGGCUCCUUUUCAUGGCGAAAAUGCCAACAAUGGAAACUCGGCGUCCAAGGUGUACAAACGACGAUGGUUCAACCUGAAGCAAGUGUCAACAGACGGCUCAUAUGUGCUGGAAUACAGAAAGGAUGACAGUGCAACUACUGCUAGAGGUGUUAUAUACUUGGAUGCGUGUACACAGAUAUCAAAGGGUGUCAAGGGACGGAUGUAUGGGUUUGAGCUUCACAUACACGACAAGAUCUACAGCCUUGUGGCCGACAGUCAAUCAGACAUGGACCAAUGGAUUGCGUCUCUCUGCCGUGUCACUGGCAUAGACAUGGAUCGCAAUAGCAAAAGCUCGAACUUUACCUUCAACGUCAAGUCUAAAAUUCACACUAAACAGCACCAAUCACUUCGGGAAUCCCUCAAGAACAGCAAACAUCCGCUUUUAGUGGAAUACUCAAGGGAGACGGACUCCUUAAAUGCCAAGAGACGCCGGGAACUGCGCUAUAAGCUUUUCUCUUUAGUUAGAUUAGCGGAUAGUAGUACAUGCGUUAGUAUAGAUGACGCUAGGGUGGACGCUACAGUGUACAAGGAACACUUUGGAAGUCGGUUUGAAGUGUCUUGUAAGGACUUGUUAUUUCGGCUUACUAAUGUGGGUUCGGACGGUGUUGAGAUCAACGUGGAGCCGUUCUUCAUGACCUUGGCGUUAUUUGAUGCGAAAAAGGGCAUUAAGUUAUCAGAGGAUUUCCACUGCGAUUUGAAUGAUGUUCGAGUUAGGGAUAUGCUUCAUGGCACACAUGUUAUUGAGAAUGGUGAGGCGGAGGAGAAGCCAAAUGGGGGAACCAGGAAUGGACACACCAGAAAGGACAGGGAAUUCGGAUACCCUACUAAUGCAAUCUUCUCAGUGACUGUCCCACACGAUGAUGUCUACCUGGUUGUGCGAAUAGACAAGGUCCUUCAAGGAAGCAUCAGCUCGUGCGUGGAGCCCUACCUCAAGUCAGGCGAUGCCAGGAAGAGCGCUCUUAAGGUUCAAAGGCAGGCAGAGGUGUGCUGUAAGCGGUUAGGACAUUACACCAUGCCAUUUGGAUGGGCUGCACGGCAGCUGUUUACGACUGAGGGCGAGCUCGAUUCAAGUGCAGAGUUUACACCCAUUUAUAAACAGGAUCGGGAGAAGCUGAGUGACGAAGACAUGAUCAAGAUCCUUUCAACAAUCAAAAGCAAUGACAAGUUAAAACAGCAGGCCAUACCCGGUAAACUGGAGAUCGGGGUGUCUCGCGUGAACAGUAACACAAAGAACUCGUACACACCGUCACUCAUUCCUGUAAAACCGUUUGACUUCAAAGACAGAGACCCUCCCACCCUGGAGGUGGAAGAGUUCUGCCAGUCCUUCCCCGAGGCAGCGUACCCACAUACUACUUACGUCAACAACUUCUAUGUAUACCCCAUCUCACUCAACUUCAACAAUCAGAAGGUCUUCUCUAAGGCGCGAAACAUUUCUGUCACGAUAGAGUUCAGAGACAUUGACGCACAAGACGCUUUACCCCUCAAGUGUAUUUACAGCUCUGAUGGUACACCAACCUUCACGACGCGUGUGACGGCACCUGUCGUCCACCACUGCACCAACCCGACAUUCUACCACGAGGUGAAAAUCAAGCUACCGACGCAGAUCACGGAAAAGCACCACGUUUUCUUCACGUUCCAACACAUUGCGUGCGAGCAGAGCAAGAACACAGGGGGGUCCGGAUCUGUGCGAGGAAAGCCAAGUCCCGUAGAAACACCGGUGGGUUACGCUUGGAUGCCGAUUCUUCAUGAAGGAAGGAUACGUCAAGACGAUAACCAGCUGCUAGUCGCCCAGUACGCACCAGACGAGUAUCUAUCCGCCAGAUACAUUGGCAUCGGGAAGACGAUGGGGCCCGAUGUGAGGUGGGUUGAUAAGGAGAAACCGCUGUUUAAAGCCAACUGCAGACUUGUAUCUACUAUCUACACGCAGGACCCCUACGUGAAUAACUUCUUCUCUCACUGUCAAAAAUUUGACGGCUCCCCUUCCAGCGAGUUAGAGAAGAGCAAGAUGUUGAAGCUGUUGAACGCGGUUGAUGUGAAUACAGUGAUUCGGUUUCUCCCAGUCAUCUAUAAUCAGUUAUUUCACGUGCUGCUUGUCUCACACAGCGAAGACGUCGCGCUCAACGUCGUAAGAGUGCUCAUCCGUAUCGCGUCCCAGGUCCACGACGCCAAGAGACUGGAAACCCUAAAGUCAUACGUCAAGUAUGUGUUUGUGACGGAGACGGUGCCGAAUUCGAGCAAGACCGUACAUGAAGAGCUCGCCAAGUACCUCAUGGUGACCCUGAAGCCUGGUGCGGACCCUGCUGUUGUCAAUAAUCUCAUGAAGCACUCGUGGUUUUUCUUCGAGUUGAUCGCUAAGAGCAUGGCGCAGACGCUCGUCCAAACGGACAAGACCAGGCGCAUGAAUCGUGACAACUGGUUUCCUGAGAGUUUCCACCGCGUACUUGAGCACUUCAUGCAGGCGUUCGUCCCGGAGAUCAUCAAGCGGCUCAAAGACUUGGCGCAGAUCGCAAAGGACGCGAACUUCCAUCUGGCCUGCUUUACAAAGGACUGCUUCACGUACAUGGACCGCGGCUUCGUCUUCCAAAUGAUCAGCUACUACUCUGAGCAGUUCAAGGACUCUGACACACAGAUGCGUGAAUUCAAGUUCGAGUUUCUCCAAGUUAUAUGUAACCACGAGCACUACAUCCCGCUUAACCUACCGCUUGACGUCCGAGGGCUUGGCGGAUUGCACGAUAGUGAGUUAUCAGAAGAGUUUUGCCGAAGGUUCUUCCUUGUCGGGCUAAUGCUGCGGGAGGUGACAUCCGCGCUGACUCAGGGCCGACACAUCCGCAAGCUUGCAAUUAAAGUGCUCAGAAACCUGCUGGUCAAACACGAGCUCGACGACAGAUACAAUAACGAGGCCCGUCAGUCGCGCAUCGCCGCCCUCUACCUCCCGUUCCUCACCGUCCUCCUGGAUCACGUGCCUCGUUUCCAUGGCAGCAAGUACGAGCUAACGCACUCUAUAUCCCAGACCUCUCACGGUUCCUCUUCUGUUGCCACGGGCAAUGAGCAGACCACCGAGUCCAAUCGCAGCUCAUCAUACUCGCAAGCAGGGAUUCUCAAACAGAGCCCCAGUGACUCUUUGACGCAGUCUUCUGCGCAUGUGCUGAAGGAGGCUUCCCAGAUUGCAUUGCAGGUGCCACUGGACGAGGACGAGACGAAAGAGCUGUUGAUGUGCUUUUUGUACAUACUCAAAAACCUCGAACAAGGUGUGGUUCUUGAUUGGUGGAGACAGAUCAUGACGUCAGCCAUCAAGCGCGCACACUGGCACCCUACUGUGAUCUACAUGCUCCAUCAGGACAAAUACUACUCAAAGUUUGCAGCCGUCGUCGACAUGUUUGACCUGCUCGAGCUUUCCCUGAAGCAUUUCAAGUAUCAGGGACGACAGACAAUCGUGGCAAACAGGGACAUUGAGUACCUUAAAUCCGUAUGGCAACCCACUAACACCGCUAACUCCAACGAAGCGACUCGUCAAUAUUUGGAGCAGCGAUACCAGGGUUACACUGUCCAGUCCAGGCACAUGAGGACGCCCAGCCAGGGAGGGCCUGCUAUGGAUAUCCAGACUCGAGUGCUGAUGGAGGGUAACCUAUGUAACGAAGUGGGGCUGGUGGUACUCGACAUGGUGGAGCUCUUCUGUAACCACUUCAAGUUCCACUUGGAGCAAGAAGAAGGAGACAAUCUGCUGAUGAAGAAGUUGUUCGGAACGCUCAUCUCGUUCCUGCAAAUCCCCCAAUCAGAGCUGAUGAUGAAGCACGUGUUCGCCAGUCUUAGGUCCUUCAUUAAUAAGUUCCCCGUGGCUCUGUUUAGAGGGAGUGCAAGCCACUGUGGCGAUCUGUGCAGAGAGAUAUUGAGCUGCUGUAACUCCAAGCUGGAAAGUCUGAGAACUCAAGCGUGUGCAUUCUUGUAUCUUAUGAUGAGGAGCAACUACGAGUUCACUGGUGGCAGCGGAUGCGACAGGGUCCACUGGCAGGUUAUAGUGGCCGUCUCGCGGCUAAUGCAGAGCGGGCUCAACAGACCAGCGGUGCACAACUCUCUGGUUGCCCUCAAGAACUAUGCGAGCGAAGACAAAGGCAUGAAGAACACGAGCUUCCCUUCAGAAGUGAAAGAUUUGACGAAGAAGAUCCACACGGUGCUACAGGCCACCGCGCAAAUGAAGGAACAUGAUGAUAUCCCCGAAGUACUCAUGGACCUACAGUACAGUCUGGCCAAAUCCUACUCCAGUACGCCUGAGCUACGCGAGGCAUGGCUAGAAAACAUGGCCAACACACACGAGGCGCAUGACAACUUCUCCGAGACUGCGCACUGCUACGUCCACGCCGCUGCUUUAGUAGCUGAGUACCUGAAGCGUCAGGGUAAAUACGAGCAGGGCUGCGCGGCGUUCUACCGCAUCUCACCCAACGUGGUACCUGACGAAAGCAUGAUGAAGUCAGACGAGGGCAUGGCUAUGGAGCAGCGCUUUACUCUGGCCCAUCUGUCCGAUCUCCUUGAGAAGAGCGCGCAGUUCCUGGAUCGAGCUGAGCGUUAUGAAGUCAUGGGCGAGGUGUACAAACUCGCCAUUCCCAUCUACGAGCAAGAGAGGAACUUUGCGGGUCUUGCUAAUGCUUAUCAAAACCUCGCUAAAGCGUACGCCAAGGUGGUCGAGGUGACCGCGAGUGGUAAGCGAAUGCUAGGCAAGUAUUUCCGCGUGGCGUUCUUUGGAAAGAUGUUCGCGGACGACGACGGCAAGGAGUACAUCUACAAGGAGCCAAAGAUCACCUCUCUAUCAGAGAUCUCGCAGCGACUGCAGGGCAUGUAUUCCAGUAAGCACAGCGAGAAGCACAUCAAGCUGAUUCACGAGUCCGCAAAGGUCCAUUCUGACGAACUGGAUUCUGAGAUUGGCUAUAUUCAGAUCACGUUUGUGAAGCCGUACUUUGACGAUGAGGAGAUGGAGCAAAGAAUCACUGUGUUUGAGCGCAAUAACAACAUACGACGCUUCAUCUACGAGACCCCUUUCACAGCGAGCGGGAAAGCACAUGGAAGCCUUGAGGAGCAAUGCAAGAGAAAGACUAUUCUCACAACGUCGAAUCACUUCCCCUAUGUGAAGAAGAGGAUUCUUGUGGUCCAAGAGGAGCAAUACGAGCUUACACCAGUAGAGGUCGCGUAUGAUGAGAUGCAAAACAAGGUAAAGGAACUGGAGCAAGUCACCACCCAGUCCCCACCCGACAUGAAGAGGCUGCAACUCGUGCUGCAGGGCAGCGUCAGUGUACAGGUUAACGCUGGGCCUCUAGCGUACGCCCAAGCCUUCCUGGACAAGACUGUGUGUCACAAGCAUCCAGGCAAACACAUCGAGCGGCUACAGAAUGUGUACAGGGAAUUUCUGAAGUUCUGCGGUAAAGCGCUAGAGAUCAAUAACCAGUUGAUUAAAGAAGACCAGCGUAUGUACCACGACGAUAUGAAGGAGAAAUAUGGACUGCUGAGAACAGAGCUAGCGAAGUACAUCGACGAGGAGAAUUCCAGUAUGCUCAAGCAAGGUAACAGUGUCACCUCUCUCGGCCUUACCAUGAGAUGAUAGAACAAGGGGACAUGCGCAAAAUGGUCAACACCGCUGGUCGGUGACUUGAUACUCGCUGGCGCCGCUGGUCUCUUCUAUGUACCGCCCCGCGUUAAACGUGACACCGAGCCGUCGGAGAGCUCGUGACUGUCACCAAUACCAGGAACGAUCAAUCGAUCAAAGAUUCCUUUUCCAGGCAGUUGGUACAUGACCUUUUCAGACCGAAAAAACGUUUUACCUGAUUUUAUUCCCUGUCACUGGUGAAAAAAGGCAACACCGCGUCUAUUUAACACUAGUGUGUGGACUUUGAACGGUGGUCGUGACACAGUUUUAAGGGUAUGCCCUUCACAGAAAUAUUGAGUUGUUGUUUUCGAGAGUAGAAGGUCUAAACAGUGCAAUAAAGCUGAUAUGACAAAGCUAUUGAGCUAUCCGAGUGAGUUUGGUAAAUGUUUUUUUUUUUAAUUUUCUUUUUAGUUUUCUUUACUUGAUCUGUCUUCCAAUGAUGAAUUGAAACAACAACAAAGGCGUGAGUGACAAAGGCUCUUUAAAGGACCCAAUAUACGGCUGUACUAUAGCCCAUAGGCUGAUUAGUACUGUGCGAAGUCUUUUUUUUUAUAAAACGAGACGCGUUUCAACUAAAGCAAAAGGAGCGUCUGGUUUUGAGAGCAAGAUUCCUAGAGAGAAGGUCAAUGUUCGUGUGAAGUGUCCACUUUCGACACACCAUUUUAGCAAUUAAACCCACGCACAUCGUCUGUUGAGUUCUAUUGGGUUUUACUUAGUCUGUAAGUGGGUUAGUACUCUAUUAACUCGCAUUAUCUCCCUUAUCCUAACCUUAUAUGAAGUACUAACACGGUGUCUUGGCGUAAUGCAUUGGUUGGUUCGUGAGCGCUCGGAUGAUGUCCGUCGGUCCACGUGCGUGACACUUUUAUUUUGUUUUUGUUUUUAAUGGUUUAAACUCAUUACUUUGGCAAUAUAUAACUUUUCGUGUAUUUGUUGAUACGUUAGAAAUAUUAAUUUAGCCGUUUUUAUUGUAGGGUGAAUUUCACUGUUUUUUUUUUUCUACUGAAAUUUGCAUUGGGUUUUAUACCCUAUCCCGUCACGCAAGUCGGAUCAACGCACUUCAAAGUUUCAAAGCUAUGAUCCUUUAUUCUAUUUUGCUCGAGUCACAUCACCGUUCAAACACUCUGGGCCUUUUGAAAACCUUUUGAGGUUCAUUCUGGCAUUGAUAGAAUAUAUCGCCGUAUUUAAGUAAACAAAUAGAAAUAAAUACCGUAUGGGAUAGGGUGGGUCCAUAUACGGUUCAUUUCGUUUAUGCCGAAUUGGAUAAUUCAAAUGUAACUGAUUCUGCCAUGUACGCGUCGUUGCGUUGGAAGUAAGCGCAUUUGAAAGGGUAAAUAAUUGAAUGGCAAAUUUUGCGCCACAAUUUUUAGAGGGAGAAUAAUGUUUUUCAAUAGCAAUAUAGAAAUGUUAAUUAGGAAUAAAUGUUGUAAUUGCAACUUUUUUUCUAUUUUGUUAAUAUCAAAGGAAGUAUUUUUUGUAAAGUUCAUCAUAUCGAAAUAAAUGUAAAGAGUUGUUGUCUGCUAAAACUGAGUGCUCACAAUACGCUCUCGCAGCCACAGGUAGCCCGAAGUCAUUUGAACAAGGCUCGGUUUCCAGCCGUGGUUACGUCGCGCUCUCCUACACUGACUCCUGUUCGUGACGUCACAUCGUAACUGAGAUAAUUAUGCGUGAUGUGCGGACUCUGGGUUUUCCUGCCAAAAAGAGAGCUCUUUCACGGCAAGUUUUUGCUGGGGCCUUACAGUCUUCCUAACCGAACUUUUCUAACUAUGAGUUGAACACUUUCGCGAACCCUCCGGCCGCCAUUUUGAACUCUAAGCGUGGUAAUUAUGCUAAUGUAUUUACAUUAUGCUAAUGUAAGUUUCUGAUUGGCUAAUCCAGACAAAGUCUCGUACCCAGCGCCCAGCCUUGGAAUAGGAGAGGAUCGCGGGCGCAUCGAAACAGCCACGGCUGGAAACCGAGCCUAGUCUCAAGAUGUUUGUAUUUGUUGUGUAAUGGAUCAGGGCUAUCCCAGAUUUGCGGUCUAGCUGUGGUGGAUUUGUAUAAUAAAAGUUGAAUUCUCUUACGCAA